AUGGCUUGCAUAAAUCAGGGAAAACCGUUAUCUCCACGAGUUAAAUUUAAAACAAUUCAAAAGAUAAAAGAACAAGAAUAUAUCACAGAGCAAGCAUAUUUAAUACCUGAAAAUGAUGGCACUGCAAUUUACUUGAGUUAUGAAUUAAAUAAAUCAUUAGAAAAUAUUUUUAAAAGAUAUUCAAUAAAUGGAUAUAUGGGUGUUAAUGAAUUCAUAAAAAUGUGCUAUGAUUGUAAUUUAUUGCCUAAAAAUAAAAACAAGGAUAUAUUACAUUAUAUUUUCAAACCAUCCAAUUCUCUAAAAAUUGGAUAUAUAGAAUAUAAAGACUUUUUCCAAAUAUUGCAUAGACUUAGUGAAUAUUUAUUUCGUAAAUUAAUAAUGACAGAGCAAGAAAAAUUUAAUGUGUUAAUUAAGCAUUUAACUACGUUAAAAUUUUCAAAAGAAGAAUUAAAUCACGAAAAAUAUAAUGUGGGAAUACAAGUUUCCGUAGAAAAACAAAGUAUUGGUGUCAAUGCCGUUUGUGAUAUGAUGAAUUCAUCUUGUAACACUUUUAAUGAUAUAAAAAACCAGGAAACUAUGACAGAUAUAAUAGAAAUAACAAGCAACCAAAAGAAUAAGGACAAAAAAAAAAGUGAUGAGUUAAUUAUAGAAAAUAAUAUUAAUUGUUCUAAAUUAAAAUCACGAAGUUCUGAAGAAUUCGAAAUAAAAGAAAGAAUACAAGAAAUAGAGAAAAAAUGUAUUUAUAAAGAAGAAAUUAAUAAAAAAUUAAAAGAAGAAAUAAAUAAUGCAUUAAAAAUUAUUGAAGAAAAAAAUAUUGAAAUUGAGGAUAUUAAUACAAAUAACUUAAAACAAUUAGAAAUCGAAAGGGAAAAAAUUACUGAACUAAAAAAUGAAAUAAAAAAAUUACAACAAGAAAAAACUAAUUUAGAAGAAAAACAAAAAAAAAUAAUAAGUAACUUCGAAAAUAAAGAGAGAUUUCAAUUAAAUAAAACAGAAGAAUUAAAAAAAACGGAGAUGGAUUAUUUAGAAUUAAAAAGACUUUUAUUUUUACCUAGUGAAGAAGAAGCAAUGUUAAUAAAAGUUUUUUCUUUGUAUAGCUCAUACAAUGGAGAAAUUGUAGAAAAUGUGAUGAACAAAAAGCAUUGUGCAAACUUUUUAGCAAAUUAUUAUUUAUUAAGAAAAAAUGAAAAAAAUGAAAACGAAACAAAUUUAAGUAUAGAGGAUGCUGAAGAUUUAUUUAAUGAAGUAUUAAAUAAAAGGAAAUAUAUUGAGAAUAAAGAUUUAAAUGAUGUAUUUACUUAUUUUUACUUUAAGCUUCUUCUAUGCAACGUAGGAAAGUUUUUAUAUCCAGAAUUAACUGAAAGAGAAAGCUUCUUAGAAAUAGUUUUAAACCAUGUAUUGCUUCUUAAUAAAAAUGAAGAUUUUAUAAACAAAGAAGAACAAAACAAAAAAAUUAAAAAAAAAAAUAAAAUAAAAAUAAAAAGUUCGAAUGAGCUAGAGGUUUUUAAGGAGGGAAUAAUAGGAGGGUAUACAAGUAGCGACAAAAGUGUUAAUUUUAAUGACUUUAAAAAGAAUAAGGAAAAAAAAAGGUUAGAAACUCAUAAGAAAAGAUUAAUAUUACAAAAAAUGAAAGCUGAAAGUGACUAUACAGAUCAAUCAUUUGAGUACAUUGAAUCAGAUGAAACAAAAAAGAAAAAAAAAAAAAACAAAGUAAAAAAUAAAAAAGGAAAAAUAAAAGCAAUUACUAAUUAUUUAAAACAAAAUGUUGAAUACAAAGGAACGUAUGGUUAUGAUACAUGUAGUGAAGAAUGUAAUUCAAUAAUUUCAAUUAAUUCUGAUUAUCUUCAUUCAGAUUUCCAAAAAAAUAACAUUAUUCAACCUUUAAAAAUACAAGAUACUUUCAUGAAAAUUCCUAAAAAAGUUCAUAAAGGCACUAAAAUUACCAAAACAAAAAAUAUUACUAAUUUUCAAAAUAAACUACCUUUAUAUGAUAUUGAAGGCAAAAUAUGGCCGUCAAAAUCAGAAAAAAGAAAUUUUAUUCCAGUUUUUGGUAAUGAGUAA